GAAUUAUGAUGCGAGACAUCAAUGAAGUUGUAUAGUCCAAAAUGAUAUAUUUAUUUAUUUGAAAGUAAAAUAUUGGUAGUGGGCUAGCAGGCAGCCACGUAAGGUGGCUAUGGAUCACUUGUUAAUGCUGUUUGAGGAUAAUCCAGCCAGCGGUGAAGUGAAGUAGUUCCAUUUGGUUGAGUGAAGUGAAGUGUGAAAGGAUGACCAAUUUUGUUGGACUAAGGUUGCAUACGAGGUUGUCAUUGCCAUUGCCAUUGCCAUUGCCAGUGUUGGGUGGUGUUUCUCACUCUUGUUCUGCCACUGCCACUACUCUGUCAAGAGCAGUAAUAAGGAAGUGGAAUUGGGGAAUUAAGGGUCCUCGUCGUAUGGUAUUGGGCCUUGGACUUGGAGUUUCCUUCUUGUCUAUGGCCGGUACCAAAUCCUUCAUUGCCUCGGCUAAGAUAAAGGGUGGUCCCUCUGUGGAUGAGAUACUGAAGAAUGUCGAAUGGCCCGAGCAGUUCCCCUUCAAGGAGGAGGAAUUCCAGCGCUUUGAUGAGACACCAGAUUCCUUGUUCUAUGAAGCACCUCGAUUUGUGACGCACAUUGAUGAUCCUGCAAUUGCUGCUCUGACUAAGUAUUACUCCAAAGUUUUCCCACCCAGCAACACUCCUGGAGUAAGCAUCUUGGAUAUGUGUAGCAGUUGGGUCAGCCAUUUUCCAUCAGGAUACAAGCAAGAACGAGUGGUGGGAUUAGGCAUGAAUGAAGAAGAGCUGAAGAGGAACCCAGUUCUUACAGAGUAUGCUGUGCAAGACUUAAACGUGAACCCCAAACUCCCAUUUGAGGAUAACUCUUUCGACCUCAUCACUAAUGUGGUCAGUGUUGAUUACCUUACAAAGCCUCUUGAUGUUUUCAAGGAGAUGUGCAGGAUACUUAAGCCUGGUGGACUGGCCAUAAUGAGCUUUUCGAACCGAUGCUUCUGGACAAAAGCCAUUUCUAUAUGGACAUCAACUGGUGAUGCUGAUCAUGUUAUGAUUGUUGGGUCAUAUUUCCAUUAUGCUGGAGGAUUUGAACCUCCUCAGGCUGUGGAUAUAUCUCCUAAUCCUGGACGCUCAGAUCCUAUGUACAUUGUGUACUCUAGGAAGCUCUCUACUGCUUGAGAGAAAUAUGAAAUGAGAGUUCGUAGCAAUAUAUUUACUUGUCACUUAUCAGUAGUGAAUCUGAUGUGAGAAAUCAGUUCAUAUUGCCUCUUAAUCUUGUUUAUAGCAAUGUUUCUUGUGAGCAAGGCCCUUCAUGAAAAUGUACACAAAAUCUCCAAUUAAAUUAUUUUAUUGCCUUGUAGCAUAUCAGUAUAUGCAGUAGAUAACUAAUCUAUUGUUGUUAGUGAUUCGACACACAAACUGAAUUCCUAGCUCUUUGUUUCUUGUGUAAUAUUCAAUCAUGCAUAAAAAAUUGCAACUUUGGGAAGAUCUA